UUCCCAUUUUUCCCAUAUCCAAAUCCUUCAAAUUUCAUCUCAAUUUCAAGAACAGAAACAAAAUUCACAUCUGGGUCUUCGUUUUUUCGUGUUUUUGAAUCUGGGUUUUCUCUAGAAGAUCGGAAUAUGUCCGUCUCCGUCGCCGUUUCGAAUUCGCCGGGGUUUUCCCCUUCGUCCUCGAUGUUCUGCAACAAGGCGGCGAUCAUUUCUCCGGCGCCGGAAGCUCUAACACUGACGUUGGCUCAUUUGAAGUCGUCUCAGCCUUCGUCGUCUUGCUCGUCUUCGCCGUCUUCCCCUUCUUCCCCUUUUUGGAUUAGGUUUCCAAAGCCCCCUUCUGGGCUUUCCGCCGUGGCGCCAAUGGCCUCCACUUCUUCUACUUCGUCUCCGACGUCGUCCAACUCGAUCACGAAGAGGAAGAGACCAGCGAGGUUGGAUAUUCCGUUGACGCCGUUGAGCUUUGGAGCUCUGGCGUCGCCGUCGUCGUCGUUCGGGGACGUGAUGGAGGCCGAGAGAGAUGGGUAUUCUGUUUAUUGCAAGAGAGGGAGGCGGAGAAUCUCCAUGGAAGAUCGGUAUUCAGCCGCUGUUGAUCUUCGUGGCGAUUCUAAAGUGGCAUUUUUUGGUGUAUUUGAUGGACAUGGCGGUUCAAAGGCGGCAGAAUUUGCAGCAAAUAACUUAAAGAAGAACAUAAUGAACGAACUUGAAAGAAUAGCUGACUAUGAACAAGCCAUUAAACAUGGCUACCUCACCACAGAUUCUGAUUUCCUCAAGGAAGAUCAACGCGGUGGGUCAUGUUGUGUAACAGCCCUGAUCAAGAAAGGCAACCUUAUUAUCUCCAACGCCGGUGACUGCCGUGCCGUUCUUAGCAGCAAGGGCGUCGCAGAAGCCAUAACCUCCGACCACCGCCCGUCUCGAGAAGACGAAAGACAGCGAAUCGAGUCGAGGGGUGGAUAUGUUGAUCUCUGCAAUGGCGUUUGGAGAGUCCAAGGAUCUCUAGCUGUAACAAGAGGGAUUGGAGAUGCUCACUUGAAACAAUGGGUGAUAGCAGAGCCAGAGACAACGUCGAUACGGAUCGAAGCUCGACACGAGUUCUUGAUCUUAGCCUCCGACGGGUUAUGGGAAACGGUGAGCAAUCAAGAAGCAGUGGACAUCGUGCGCCCAUUAUGCGUGGGGAUUGAGAAGGCAACGCCAUUGGAGGCCUGUAAAAAGCUCGUGGAGCUAUCACUUUCAAGAGGCUCAGUGGAUGAUAUUAGUGUAGUUCUUAUUCAAUUGCCUAACUUCAUUUGAUUUAGGAGGUGUUUAGACUAACCCAUAAUCCAAUCUAAUUUUCUUAGUGUAAUUGAUUCAUCAAAUUCUUUUGUAUUUAAUAAACUAUAGAGGUUCAAAUGAUCUCGAUCUCGAACGAA